AUGGUUUCUCACCUACUCAACACUAUCCGUAAUGUAGUUGUGGUCACAGGGAACGUUAUAUCACUCUUCCUCUUCUUGUCUCCUGUGCCAACUUUUUCUCAAAUUUGGAAGAAAAAUUCAGUGGAGCAGUUCUCGCUAGCCCCGUAUCUAGCAACCUUAAUAAACUGCAUGGUUUGGGUCAUUUACGGGCUGCCUAUGGUUCACCCCAACAGCACUCUGGUUGUUACCAUUAAUGGCACAGGAAUCGCCAUUGAACUCGAGUAUCUAACUUUCUUCUUGAUCUUUUGCAAUGAGAAGAAAAAGAGACUCAGAGUGCUGUUAAUCAUGCUGGUUUUCAUGGCCAUUCUUACUGCACUGGUCCUCACCGUAGCUCACACCACAGGACGCCGGUCCAUGGUCGUCGGAAUUGUAGCAAUUUUGUGCAAUAUCAUGAUGUAUGCUUCGCCUUUAUCCGUCAUGAAACUGGUGAUCUCGACGAAAAGUGUGGAUUACAUGCCAUUUUUCCUCUCACUGGCUUCUUUUACCAACGGCGUUGCUUGGACUACUUACGCUUUCCUCCAUUUUGAUCCUUUCAUUGCCGUUCCAAAUGGACUGGGGACAUUGUUUAGCUUAGCGCAGCUAUUGUUGUACGCCGCAUAUUAUGAGUCCACAAAGAGAAUAAUAGCUGCAAGGAAAGAAACGAAGAUGGAGAUGGAUAUGUCUGAGGUGGUCGUCAAUGAUCCCAAGAAGAACGCCAGAGCUUCAUAAGCGACUUAUCCAUUU